AUGCCAACAAUGGCACCAACAACUUUUUUGGAAUCACUACCAGACUAUACCCUAUCAGCUAUGGAACGAGCACAGUCUCCUCAGUCCAAGGCCUAUCAAUGGCUGAUCCAAAACAUCAACAAUAAAACUUCCACUCUUCAGGAUCUACCAAACUGGAGACUAAAACAAAGAUUUGCUCUGGCCACAUUCUAUUAUUCUACAAGAGGAGACUAUUGGGUGAAGAAGCAAGAAUGGUUGGACUGGGAGACCAAUGAAUGCUAUUGGGAACAAUUACCUGUAAACAUGGGCCAAAAGUUCCCUCCAGAAGUGAACUGUAAUGCCAAUGGGGAAAUCAGGGCAUUGUUGUUUUGGUAUGCCAAUAACAUGGAAGGAACGCUUCCUCCGGAGAUUUCCUUGCUGGGGGAAAGGUUUGAGGUAUUUGUACUUAAUCGGCAAUUACAACUCAUGGGACCCAUCCCCACCGAGUUUGGACUUCUGACAAAAUUGACUCGAUUAGCUUUGAGUGCAACAAACAUUGCUGGCUCAUUUCCAACUGAGUUUGGUAAACUGCAGAGUCUCCAGCUCCUUCAACUUUAUAUGACACCAAUUCAUGGGCAUAUUCCUUCUGAGAUUGGACGACUUUGCAAGUUAUCCACGUUGUUUGUGGGGAGAAAUGAUCUAACAGGUUCAGUACCAGGUGAGCUUUACAGAUUGCCUGGCCUACAGUCUCUAUCAAUUGAUGAGUGCCCUGGGCUGGAAACUGAAAACAUCCUUCAAGAAGUCAUUCGCAACGCAAUGCAGCUUCGUAUACUUGGACUAUCAAGCCGAAGCAGUGGGGCAGUAAUGUCAAUUCCAUCUGAACUUGGCAAGCUGACAGAACUGAGACGCCUCAGUUUGGAGGACUGGAUAAUUCAGGGCACUAUCCCGACUGAGCUUGGGCAGUUGACAAAGCUGGCCUCUCUGGACUUGCACGGGAACUCAAUCUCUGGAAUUUUGCCACGUGAGGUCUUUGAAUUGACUGACCUGACCUACAUCGAUGUUGGCUCGAAUCAGUUGCAGAGCACACUACCACCAGUUCUCUUUUCUAAACUUACACAGUUGCACUUCUUGCAACUAAACAACAAUCAGUUUGGAGGUUCUAUUCCCUCGGAAGUUGGUCUAGCCUCUAACCUGAAGAAUCUAGGGCUACAAACUACUGCUCUAUCUGGCACACUGCCCACAGAGCUACUUGCUCUGAAAAAUUUGAAAUUCUUAGCACUCAGAAACACAUCAUUGUCUGGCAGCAUUCCUGUACAAUUAUGUGACAAAAUGCACGAGCAAAGGCUUGAUUGCUCGGGCAAAAAGAACAUAACAACCUGCUCUGUUUACAACAUGGGAUCGAACAGAACAGUCUGCUUUGGGACUCAUCUCUGUGGAUGUGAUUGCAACCGUUGCCCAGAUACCUAA